UCCAGCUCUCCGCCCCCGGUACCCACGGCCCAGUCUCCACCUGGGGAAACCCCCUUGGCGUGGCUUGUUUCAUUACAAGUUAUCCUGGUAGAGUGGACAUGAAGGCCUCGGAGGGAGUGAGUGAAUCUCAUACUUCUAUUCUUGGUGGAAUCCUGGAUCCCGGGGCUGGGGACGUGGAAAUGGGGAGAAACAGAAGAUAGAACAAACCCCAAGUUUUGUCUUGGGAAGCCUGCAGGUAAGGCGUUUAGAUCUGAGAACUGGAGGGAGAGCCCCAGGCUGUGACAGCCUGGGCGCCGUUUGGGCUAGGUUGUGUGUGGGCUGCGACGAUGCCAGGAAACUCUGGUGCUGAUAUCAGCGAGGUAUCAGGUAUCUGGUGCUGAUACCAGCAACUGCUCCACGUCCUUCUGGAUGGGCACCUGGAGCCAGUUCUGCAACCGUGGUGGCUCCUGAGCUUUGGCCAGUCUGAGGCAGCCAUGGAUGGGGGGCAGCGUGUGACUGGGCAGAGCAGACACUGUGCCAGGCCCUUGGUGUCAUUAGUGCCCCCAAGCAUUUGGGGAGAAGGGAGAGGCCAGGCAAAUUGGAUGUUGUUGGGCAGGGACAGUCAAGUGUCCUUUUCAGGUCCAGCUGCACAGUUAAGUAGCCCAGGGACACCCUGGCUCAGACACACCCAUGGCCCCAUCCUAAGGCCUCCUCAUACCACAAUUUCCUGUUUUGUAAAGUGAGGAGUUUGGGCCACUGACCUUUCAGAUCUGAUGAGGGGAAUAUCCUCACACCAUGUAGCUUCCUGGAGAAGGUGGCCAGGAGUGACCUUGGGGAGUGGUAGGUCACAGUCAGGUGGAGAGGAGCGGGGAGGGUUCCCAGAAGCCCAGGGGGAUGUGAGCACAGCCUCCAGGUUGAGAGGCCCUGUGUCAGGGUCUGAUCUGGGAGCCUGAGCCUGAGGCCCACUGGCAGAGCAGGUCUAGGUUGGGAAGGACCGUGAGAGAGGGGCAGGUCCAGCAGGCACUGAAGCUGCAGUUUUUGUGCUGGGCUAGUGACACGGUGGAAGGAUGAUGUUAGGAGGACCAGUGUGCAGCUAUGAGCUAGGAGGCUGCCCGGUUACAACAGUCCUGGGUCAGCCCAGAAAGCUUUUCUCCACUGGUUGGGGGAAGGAGGUGAAGUGGGGCCCGAGGAGGAAGGCCGGUGGUAUGUGGGCACAGCCAGCCAGUGGUGGCCUUCCUCCUCCCGAAGAUGAGUGUUGUAGCCCAGGUGUUUGCACACUCAUACUUGCUCACUCCCUCACACACAAAACCCUCGCUCUUUGCUGUUUCUGGGGAGAGGGAUGCCACUGGCAGAAGCGCCUACCCUGGCCACAGUCAGUUCCCAUUCUCAUUUUGUAAGAAUUUUGUCACAAAACAGUUUGUCUUGAGGCUGAGAUGGUGAGAGGCCUGGAAAGCAUCUCUUACAGAUUCCUGGAAGAGCUGGGAUAUAUUUAGCCUGGAGCGAGAGAGACAUCGGUGGUCAGGAGCAGUAUGUGGAAGAGCUUAGCUGGCUGUCUCAGACCUGCAAAUGGGCAUUAGGCAGACAGGUCUGGCUGCAGUAUUACUAAUCAUAGCACUUAAUAGUGCCCGCAUUUGUUCUAGGCACUAUUCCUGUAUUUGGUUUGCCUUCACAAUAUCUCUGUGAGGUAGGUUGUUAUGAUCCCAGUAUUAUAGAUGAGUUCACUGAGGCCCAAAUGGGUUAGGUUUGGCUGAGGUCUCAUAACUAGUAUGAAACAAGACAGGGAUUGGAAUUCUGGCAGCCUGGCUCCUGAGGCUAAGCCCCAGCCACCGUGCUCUGCCCUGGUCUCUGGGUCCGGAACCUCUUAAUGGCCACAUCAGGUCAGCAGUGGUACCAGUGGAACCAACAUAGCUGGUAUCAUGUUCUUACCUAGAGCUCAGACCUGCCUUGCCAGCUCUGUGUUGAGCCAUCAGAAUGUCAUGUGGGAACCCUCUGCCUGGCAUGAACCAAAAUUCCAGACUCCCAGAAGGAAAGCAGGGGUGUGGCACACACCACGUUGUUUGCUCAAUCUAGGCACCUUCAGCCACUCCCAUCAUUUAGAGAAUGGUGGGAAGCCUCCUGACACCUAAAUACCUGGAAGCCAGCCUGAGCCCUCCUGGCAAGCAGGCCUUCCUAAGGACAGCAGUCUAGGGCUGCUCUGCACGCUCGCCUGCGUAGACCCUGAUGUUGACUACAUUUUCUCUGUUCUAAGAUGCUAGGAGGAAAUGUAAAUAACUCUUUGAGAGAAGUUUUGGAGGGUGUCUGAGACUGUUCCUGAGAGGGAGUGACUAUACCUGGGCCAGAGCCACAGAGGUUUGCUCAGGGAGAGUCUGCACAUCCAGGCAGGAGACAAAGGCUGUGGCGUCUCACUGCCCAUGGGCCUCUGGGCCUCCGGGCCUCAGGCAGGCAGUCACGGGAGGGGCUGCCCCUUGCCAGGGGUGUAGAUGCAGCCUGGCCAGAGGGGAGCACUGGUAGGUGUGACUGCAUGGGAUAAGUUAUCAACUGUUCAGGGAGAACAGGCAGAGAGCCCGGCAGUAAGUGGACAACAAGGCUGCCAGUUAGUGGCAGGGACGGUUUUUUGUUUUUCUUGAAACGGGCUGGAGUACAAUGUUGUGACCUUGGCACACUGCAAAUUCUGCCUCCCAGGUUCUCCUGCCUCGGCCUCCCAAGUAGCUGGGAUUACAGACACCCGCCACCACGCCUGGCUAAUUUUUGUAUUUUAUUAGAGAUGGGGUUUCACCAUGUUGGCCAGGCUGGUCUUGAACUCCUGACCUCAGGUGAUCCACCCACCUGGGCCUCCCAAAGUGCUGGGAUUACAGGUGUGAGCCAUCACACCCAGCCUGGGACAGUUUUUAGAAUCACUGACUUGGGUGGGUGCAGUGGCUCACGCCUGUAAUCCCAGCACUUUGGGAGACCAGUGUGGGAGGACCACUUGAGCCCAAGAGUUCAAGACCAGCCUGGGCAACAUAGUAAGAUCCUGUCUUAAUCAAUUAAUUAAUUAAUUAAAAUAACUGCCCUGAGCAGAUGAAACAAGCGGUGAAUUGUCUUUGAUUUAUUAGGAGCGUGUUCGUUUUCUUUAAUAAUUCGUUCUUACAAAUAAAUAGUUUAACAUUCAUUUCUCAACAGGAAGGACCCUUCCCAUAAUUUACCUUCUGUUUGCUUAAUUUGCACAGUUAAUUUUUGCCAUAAUUUUAAAUUCAAGCCUAUUGACGCUGAUCAUUUUCUAGUGUCUGAUGGCCACUUUAAAGUCCACUGAAGGACUUUUUUUUUUUUUUUGAGGCGGAGUCUCGCCAUAUUGCCCAGACUGGAGUGCAAUGGCACGAUCUUGGCUCACUGCAACCUCUGCCUCCCGGGGCCAAGCAAUUCUCCUGCCUCAGCCUCCUGAGUAGCUGGGAUUACAGGCGCCCGCCACCACACCCAACUAGUUUUUGCAUUUUUAGUAGAGACAAGGUUUCAUCAUAUUGGCCAGGCUGGUCUCGAACUCCAGACCUCAGGUGAUCUGCCUGCCUCGGCCUCCCAAAGUGCUGGGAUUACAGGUGUGAGCCACCGCACCCAGCCAAAGGAUUAUCUUUUAAAGAAACAUAGACAAAAAUGUUCAUGUUAUUUUAAAAAGCCACAGGGUAGGAGGAGAUGAGUACAGAGGAUAGGAGAUAGGAGUACAGAGUGUAAAGGAGCCUGGUGACCCAAAGCUUCCAAGGGCAACCCCAGGUUUCUUCUGAGCACUUCUCUAAACCCAGCACACAAACUGGGUGGACAACAAGAAUGUAUUCUCUCACAGCCCUGCAGACCUGAAGCCCUGUGUCACAGUGUGGGCAGGGCCACACUCCCUCUGAAGGCUCUGGGCCAGGAUCCUUCUUGCCUCUUGUGGUUUCUGGUGGCCCUGGGCAUUCCUUGGCUUGUGGCUGCAUCACUCUAGUCUCUGCCUGUCUUCACACAGCAUUCUUCUUGUGUGUCUGUCUCUGUGUCUCUUCUGAUAAGGACAUGAGUCAUACUGGACUAAGGGACCCCCCCUACUUAGGAGUAUGACCUCAUCUUAAGUAAUUCCAUCUGCAGGGACUCUGUUUCUAAUUAAGGUCCUACUUACAGGCAUGGGGGUUAGGACUUCAGCGUGUCUCUGCAGAGACACAGCUCACCCCCAGCACUGUCUCCUGAGGGGAUUCCUGCAUGUCAGACCCUGGCUAUUAUCCUGGAGUGUGUGCCUGGAGGCCCAGGUGGGGUCACCAAGUGCAGGGACAGCUAGGCUGUCCCCUCUGGGAUGGAACAACCAACCCCCCCGGAGACUGUGCCUGCAGGUGUCCAUCACCUUCAAGGACUUGGCUGUGCGGUUCUCGGAGGAGGAGUGGCGGCUCCUGGAGGAGGGGCAGAGGGAGUUCUACCGAGACGUGAUGCGGGAGAACUACGAGACGCUGGUCUCUGUGGGGACAGCUGAGCUGCUCCCCCUCUCUGCUUUCCUGUCACCCUCAGACCCUGGAAGAGCUGUCGGGGGAGGGAGCCACGCUGAUGAGGGUCAGGAGCCUGCUGGUUGUGGAGGUCCCCAGGGGGGACAGCCCCGGCACAGCCUGCACCUCACCGCCCUGGUGCAGCUGGUGAAGGAGAUCCCAGAGUUCUUGUUUGGAGAAGUCAAGGGCACUAUGGACAGCCCCGAGAGCGAGAGCCGGGAAGCCAGCCUGGACGGAGAGAGAGCGAGCCCCGAGGCAGCUGUGGCAAGAGAGCUCUGCCCUCUCCGAGGCCUGCUCAGCUGCCUUCCAGACGGCCCUGCCGGCCGGCCCCACCUGGCCACCACGCCCACCGACAGCUCGUGCUCCAGUGGCCCAACUGGUGAUGGGGUCCAGGGAAGUCCUCUCCCCAUCAAAACUGCCGACAAACCAUGGCCUACAAGGAAGGAAGGCCCGGGAGCCCCGGGAGCCCUGGGCGGGGAGCCCAGCUGUCCCACCCAUAGCCCCGGCAGGAGGAAGAGCCACAGAGGACAGGAGAGUGGGACCUCGGAGGCCGGAAUUUCUCCUGGGAACAGCCCCUUGCAAGGCCUCAUCAACUGUCUGAAGGAAAUCCUCGUGCCUGGGCCCCAGUACCCCGAGACAUCCCCAAGCUUCCUGCCGCCUCUCCCCAGCCUGGGCAUGUCCAGGCUAACCAGAGCAGACCUGGGGCCUGGGAGCCCACGCUGGGCAGUGAAGACCGAGGCGGUUUCGGGGGAUUGUCCCCUCCAGGGUCUGCUAAACUGUCUGAAGGAGCUCCCCGAGGCCCAGGACAGGCAUCCCAGUCCCUCAGGAGUGGGGAAUCGACGGCUACAGGAGAAUCCAGGGGCCUGGAAAAGGGGUUCUGGAGGGCCUGGACACCUGCUGACCCCUCCUCCCCGUCCUGGUCUUGGAGCUGGCGGUCUGCUCUCUGUGAAGAUGGAGAACAGCUGGGUCCAGAGCCCCCCAGGACCCACAUCCUGUCAGCCUGGCAGGCAGCCCCUCAGCCCCUCCGCCACUGGAGACACCAGAGGGGCCCCCCAACCCAGCUGGGGCCCUGAGGCUCAAGCUGCCAGUGCCUCAGGCUCACCGCUAGAAGCCCUGGAAGCCUGUCUGAAGGGCAUUCCUCCAAGUGGGUCGUCACCUUCCCAGCUGCCAGCCACUUCUUGUUCCCAGAACCCCCAGCCAGGAGACUCUGGGUCUCAGAGGCCUGAACUGCAGCCCCACAGAUCACACAGUGAAGAAGCGACCAGAGAGCCUGUUCUGCCUCUGGGUCUGCAGGGCUGUGUGAGAGAUGGCCCCACCCGGCCCCUGGCCCCCCGAGGAACCCCCACCAGCUUCUCCUCAUCCAGCAGCACCGACUGGGACCUGGAUUUUGGGAGUCCUGUGGGGAGCCAGAAGCAGCAUCCUGGAAAAGGAAGCCCAGCAGGAAGCUCCCCGCUGCAGGGUCUGGAGAACUGUCUCAGAGAACGUGUGCCUGCGCUGCAGCCUGCCUGGCCCUGCUCCUCAGCAGCAGACAAGGGACCGAGGAGAGCGGAGCCCAGGAACUGGACAGCAGACAAGGAAGGACUGAGGGCCGAGGCCUGCGUGUCAGCCCAUCUCGGGCAGGGUAGGGGAGAAGUGCCCACCCGGAGCCUCCGUCUGGUCAGCCCACAGGUGUUCACCUCCAGCUGCAUCCCCACCUGCUACCAGCGGGGGCUCAAAGACCCCGGGGCCACCAGGCCAGGAGUGUGGAGGUGGCUCCCAGAGGGGUCUGCCCCCAAGCCCUCCCCGCUGCACUGCCUGGAGAGCGCCCUGAGGGGGAUCUUGCCUGUACGGCCCUUGCACUUCGCCUGCGUGGCAGGCCCCAGCCCCAACCCCAGCCCCGGCUCCAGCUCAAGCUUCAGCGGCUCUGAAGGAGAAGACCCGAGGCCGGAACCCGAGCUCUGGAGGCAGCUCCCCCAGGAGAGGGACCGCCUUCCCAGCUGUAAGCCUCCUGUCCCUCUGUCACCAUGUCCUGGUGGGACCCCUGCUGGCAGCAGUGGCAGCAGCCCUGGUGAAGACCGCAGGAGAACAGAGCCCAGGUACUGCAGCGGCCUCGGUGCAGGUACAGCUGGGGAUCCCUGCCCUGUUUCUCGGCUGGAGAAAAGGCCCAGGGUUAGUGAAGCAUCCAGAGGCCUGGAGCUUGGACAUGCAAGACCCAGAGUUGCAGCCAAGACCCAUGAGAGGCUGCUCCCCCAGGACCCGCCUGAGCCGCCCAGCGAGCCUCCCCCUCCGGAGCUGCCCCCUCCGGAAGCUGUGCCUCCUGUGUUGCCAGCCUCCUCCCUGCAGCCUCCGUGCCACUGUGGGAAGCCCCUGCAGCAGGAGCUGCACAGCCUCGGUGCUGCCCUCGCGGAGAAGCUGGAUCGGCUCGCCACGGCACUGGCAGGCCUGGCUCAGGAAGUGGCCACCAUGAGGACCCAGGUGAAUCGGCUGGGGAGGCGCCCCCAAGGCCCUGGGCCAAUGGGCCAAGCUUCCUGGAUGUGGACCCUCCCACGGGGACCUCGCUGGGCUCAUGGCCCUGCUCACAGACACCUGCCCUACUGGAGGCAGAAGGGACCCACGAGGCCUAAACCAAAGAUCCUGCGUGGCCAGGGAGAAAGCUGCAGGGCUGGUGACCUGCAAGGACUCUCCAGAGGGACCGCUCGCCGGGCACGUCCGCUGCCUCUAGACGCUCCCCCGGCAGAACCUCCUGGGCUCCACUGUAGCUCUUCCCAGCAGCUGCUGUCCUCUACACCCAGCUGCCAUGCUGCGCCGCCUGCACACCCCCUCCUCGCACAUACCGGAGGACACCAGAGCCCCCUUCCCCCUUUGGUGCCUGCUGCCUUACUCCUGCAGGGAGCCUCUCCUCCUGCAGCCCGUGCAGAUGCAGACGUGCCGACCUCAGGAGUGGCACCAGACGGCAUCCCAGACCAGCCCAAGGAGCCGAGCAGCCUGCUGGGAGGAGUGCAGAGGGCCCUCCAGGAAGAACUGUGGGGUGGGGAACACAGGGACCCGAGAUGGGGGGCGCAUUGAUGGCAUUCCUCUUCACAUCUGCUCAUUCUUGCCGAGGGUGCAGUGGUGGCGUGGAAGCCCUGUCACCCCACCCCAGGCCACCCUCUCCCAGGGGAUGCCAUCUCCCUUACUGUUGCUGGGAGCCUCGCCCUUUGUCCCAACUGGGUAGAGCCUUCAGGUGCUGUUUGCUCGGGAGGCUGCUGUGGGGGUGCCUUCCUCAGCCUCUGGUCCUCUUGGCUCAGAUUCAGUCAAAUGUUGCUUCCCUCUCCUGUCUUUCCCACUGGAGCCACCCAAGCUUGUAGGUGGGUGGUGUGCACAGGCCACGUGUGCCCCACAUAUGCAGGGGGUGCCCCACACAGCUAGAGCGGCCAGGAGAGCAUCUCCUAACCACCAGCCGUUCCUGAUCUCGGGAGCCGUGAAGGGCUGGUCUCUUGCCUUCCUGGAGUAAAUAUUGGCACAGAUUUCAUUUGUGAGAACUCGGCCCUUUGGUCUAAGCUGGACUUACCUCUGUGGAUUCUGAAAUUAAAGAAGUGAGUUGCUAA